AUGAAGAUCUCAACCGCGCUCGCCCUGGGCGCUACCGCUUCCACUGGUGCCUGGGCCUACGCCAUCCCGCAGCAAGAUGUGAUAGAGAACCCUCAUAUUCACCAUGAGCAAGAAAAAUACCUAAUUGAGCUCGCUCCCUAUCAAACAAGAUGGGUAACGGAGGAAGAAAAGUGGGCCUUGAAACUCGACGGCGUGAACUUCAUUGAUAUCUCAGAAGACCGAAACUAUGGAUUGUACCCAACGCUAGAUGCCGGUGCCUAUAUCAAUUAUCCGAAGGAGAUGGAGCACAUAGACAAGGUUAAUGGGCUCAUUGAUGGCUUAUCCAAGGAAAACAUGCAGAAGGACCUUGAGAAAUUCACCUCUUUCCACACGAGAUACUACAAAUCGUCGGAUGGUGUUGAGUCCGCCACAUGGCUGUACAAGCAGGUGCAGAAAGUGGUCCAUGAUUCAGGAGCUGAUGCGUCGGGUGCGUCUGUCGAGAAGUUCGCACACCCUUGGGGUCAGUUCAGUAUCAUUGCCCGCAUUCCCGGUGUAUCGAACAAAACUGUUGUCCUGGGUGCACACCAGGACAGCAUAAACUUGUUCCUUCCGUCUCUUCUAGCUGCCCCAGGCGCUGAUGACGAUGGAAGUGGGACUGUUACAAUCCUUGAGGCCUUGCGUGGUCUGUUGAAAUCAGAAGUCAUUUCACAGGGAAAAGCGCCAAACACAAUCGAAUUCCACUGGUACUCAGCAGAAGAGGGUGGAAUGCUUGGUUCCCAAGCUGUGUUCUCCAAGCACAAACAGGACAAAGUGGAUGUUAAAGCCAUGCUCCAGCAAGAUAUGACCGGGUAUACUAAAGGCUCCCUUGAUGCUGGCUUGGAUGAAGCCAUUGGGGUGAUGACUGACUAUGUUGAUCCCGAGCUCACGACCUUCCUCAAGGCCACCAUUAAUGCCUACUGUCGUAUUGGCUUUGCCGAUACCCGAUGCGGCUAUGCCUGCUCUGAUCAGACCUCAGCAAGCAAGUACGGAUACCCAUCAGCCAUGGCCACAGAGACAGAGCUGCAAAUUGCUUGCUUAGCGGUACAGAGAGCCGCGCUCUUGACAAAGAAGCUUAUAGCAGCCGUCGACAAAGGGUCCCUCGACAAGAGCGACGACACCCCGGUCACAAUCGCUGAUUUCGGGGCGCAAAGUCUAAUUAUUGCCGCGAUCCAUAAUGCGUUCCCGGAUGAUGAAAUUGUCGGCGAGGAAGACUCAAAAACCCUCCGUGCGCAGCCGGAUUUGCUUGAACGGACCUGGGAUCUAGUUUCGUCUACUCGUCUUGAGGACGAGGAAAGUGAAAGGCUACUCACUGCGCCUAGCUCGAAGGAUGAGAUGCUUCGCCUGAUUGAUCUUGGUGCGCUGGGCAACUGCAAGCCGCGAGGCCGGACAUGGGUUCUCGAUCCCGUUGACGGGACGGCGACCUUUAUGCGGGGUCAGCAGUACGCUGUUUGCUUGGGCCUUGUGGAGGAUGGGAAGCAGAAGCUUGGUGUUACGGGGUGUCCGAAUCUCAAUUUGGAGUCUGGGUCUGUCCAUGAGGACCUCGCGGACCGGGCAGGGCAUGGAGUCUUGAUCUUCGCAGUUGAUGGGCAGGGUGCGUGGCUGAGACAGUUGGGGACUGGUUCACUUCUUCCAGCCACGAGGCUUGAACCGAAAUCGCAAAUCACAGAGUUCCAAGAUAUUCAGUUUGUGGAUUGCAAGGCUGCGACGUCCUCGAACUAUGAGCUGCAUGGGGAGCUUGCGGAGAGGCUUGGAGCCCCGUGGCCGCCCAGGACGGAUCUAUGGUCUGCACAACUGCGGUAUAUUGCCAUCGCCGUUGGGGGUUGUAACGUGCUCAUCAAGAUUCCACGGAAAGCUUCGUAUCGCUCAAAAGUAUGGGAUCACGUGGGAGGUAUGCUAAUAGCCACGGAGCUAGGCUGCCAGGUAAGCGACUUAAAAGGAAACCCUGUUGAUUGCAGCUUGGGAAGGACCCUAGAGGGGUGCGAGGGGAUGAUAAUUGCGCCAAAGUCCAUCCACGGCAGCCUCGUGAAAGCUGUGGAACAGAUGCAGUGA